AUGGACUCUGGCGGAGUCAGGAGGAAGGAUACGACCAAGGGCCCGCCUCUUCGAGUUCUAUCACUCGAUGGCGGAGGCGUCCGAGGUUAUUCUAUCUUCAUUAUUAUCCAGGAGCUCAUGCACCGAACAUUUGUCGAAAUCGAGGGCCGCGCUCCCAAGCGACACGAAAUUCCUAAGCCAUGCGACCACUUUGAUCUCAUCGUUGGUACGGGCACGGGAGGCCUGAUCGCUCUUAUGUUAGGCCGACUGCGCCUUGAUCUGGAGACAUGCAAGGAACUCUACGUGCGAUUAACGCGCACCGUUUUCCAGACCGAUAAGACUAUCGCUGGAAUUCCAUACCGUUCGACCCUCUUUAAGGCUAGCAAACUUGAAGAAGCCAUCAAAACCGCUGUGCAAGAACAUACUGUCAAAGAGAGAGAAGGCAAUGACAGUGCUGAGUUGACCAAUCCCCUCAACGCCGCGUCUUACUCGAGUGCCGGACUUCCUCGUCGCAAUCAAAGUAAUGCAAGCACCGUGAGCUUUAGCGCUCGUAGUCCCGCUUCGCAGAUGGCGCAUCGGCCUGCCUACAAUUCAAGAUAUGGCGACCCCAACGCUCGUUUGUACGAUCACAGAGAAAACCGCACUAAAACCGCUGUCACAGCAGUUUACAAGGGUUCGCCCCGAGGCGCCCCCGCAGCUCUACUACGAUCCUACGAUUCGCGAAAAGAACCCCCACCUGAGUUUGACUGCAAAAUCUGGCAAGCUGGCCGGGCCACUUGCUCUAUCGGACUUGCCUUCAAGCCUAUCACCAUCGGGCAGUCGGUUUUCCAUGACGAUGGCGUUGGCACUUUCAACCCCAGCCCAGAAGCUUUGGACGAGGCUGUGGUCAACGAGUGGCCCGGUCGUGAAGUAGGAGUAUUUGUUAGCGUCGGCACUGGAAGACGACCCAAGAAUACAGAUUCGAAUUCGCAGAUGUGGUAUGAGGGCUUCUUGGGCGAAUUUGCCGACGCACGUAGGAAGUUGAUCGCCAAAAUCGAAGGCUGCGAGAAGAUCCACGAAUACAUGAUGCGCGAACACCUGGGCAAGCGAAACGUUAGUAUUGAUGCCUACUACCGACUCAAUGUUGAAGUAGGUGUGGGCGAGUUUGGCAUGAACGAAUGGCACCGACUCGGAGAGAUCAGCACUGGAACCCGAAGGUAUAUGUCAAGGGAAGCCGAACAAAAGAUGAUCCAGGGCAUCUCGUCGAAACUUGGCAAGAUUCACCGGGCCAGAAUUCGUCACGCGCGAGCUCCGGAAGGUAUUCCAGAAAUCGUCAAGUCGACAUCGAGCACAUGGGAGAUGCCCAUGGCAUUUGAACUUCCUGGAGAUAUCCCGACAGCUGUCCCGCUUCCCCAUAGCCCUGCCAGCCGGUCUUCCUUUGAGUCGGGCUCAGAUAACUUGCACAUGAACCACAAUGGCUCGCCUCGAAGCUCGUACGAGCGCAUACAUCCGGAUUCUGCUGCCCCAAAAUCGCCUCCUCUGGGACCUCGUGGCCCCAGCGCCAGCGCUCCGGCUUUGUAUCCAGAGGAUCAUCUGGCAGUAUCAUCGCCUACGCCAGCGCAAUACCGUGAGAAUGUCGCUGGUCAGGAUCUGAUUGCCAUUGUGAGUCCGGACGAAUACCCUAGGCCGGCUCCAAACGUGGCUGCACCACCACCAACUCGAAUCGAGCCGCCGCCGUUGCCACCAAAGACGCCUCUCCCAGAGAGCCAGCAACACCACAAUGGUAGAAGGGCGCCGGCUGUCGCGCCCCCAUACCCCCUGGAUGACGAUGAGCCUCCACCAGUAAACAUGGCUCGCAAGCCCGACUACAGGGGAAGGUGA